AUGAAUCGCGGAGACACAGCUUGGAUUGGCUCAAUUCCAACGGGUCUCCUCAGUAUGGUAGCCCCAGUGGCAGGGAUCCUCACGGACAAAUAUGACUGUCGUGCUGUUACGAUAAGUGGAGCUGUCAUUGCUUCUUCAGGAUUUGUGAUCAGCUCGUUUGCAACAAGUAUUGACUACCUCUAUAUCAGUUAUGGAGUUUUAGUAGGAAUUGGUCUGGGUCUGAUGCUCUUACCAUCCAAGGUGAUAGUAAACCAGUACAUGAAGAAACGUCGAGCUCUGGCUAAUGGUAUAUGUUCCUCGGGAUCUGGCGCUGGAACGAUUGCCUUCUCAGCAAUGUUCCGAGCUCUCAGAACUGCCUACGGCUUAAGCGGCAUGUUUCUCAUCUCUGGAGCGGUUGUAUUAAAUGCAGCAGUUUGUGGAUAUUUGUAUCGUCCCAAGAAACAAAGAAAGAGAGCCUUAUCACCUGCACCUGAAGGUGCUUCUGAACUACAAAGUAAAGACAAAGUAUGCUGCAAGAUUAGUCCAAUCCAGGGAUACACACACCUGCUCCACAAUAUCCAGUACUGUCUGUUCAUAUUAUGCAAUGCCCUAUCUACAAUUGGCAUUUUCGUUCCUUUCGCACAUCUUCCAAGGCGAGCACGUGACUUACAAGUUCCUGAACACCAGGUGGCGUGGUUGUUGCCAAUGAUUGGUUUUGCCAGUGUCCCAGGACGACUGUUCUUCGGUUGGAUUGGGGAUUUCAGUUGUGUCAAUAUCAGGGUUUUAUGGGCGUGGUCUAAUAUACUGUGCGGUCUGUGUGUGAUUGUGUGUCCUUUCUUGAGAUCAUUUCCAUUGCUAAUGGGAUUCGCUGCGAUAUUUGGUCCUUUAUCAGGCAUUUGGACGGGGUUGAAGACAGUUGCUCUGGUAGAUGUGGUGGGUCUUGAAAACCUGGGCAAAGCCCUGGGUCUGAUGAUGUUUCUACAAGGAUUGUCUGGCUUCAUAAGUUCCCCGCUAGCAGGCUGGUUGUACGACGUCACGGGGACAUACACAGCGUCCUUCUACACAGCCGGGGCCUUGUGUAUAUGCGGUGGUAUUAUGGUUUUGUCGCAAAUGAAACUUCGAAAUGUAUGUAAACAGAGAGGACCAGAUUGA